CAGGAACAGCCCCAGCAACAGCCCAACGCACCGUCGGAACGAACGGCUGUCGGCAAGACACCCACCCUGCCCGAGGAGAGCCCCCUCUCCCUCAGACAGAUCCUCGGCCAGCUGAACGUCCUCCGCGAGAAGGUCAUCGACCUCAUCACGGACGACAAAGCGAGGGAGGGUAUGAAUGAGAAGGCGACCUCGGUCCUCAACCUCGUCGCCCGAGAGACGAAGAGCCUCACCGACGGAGUCAAAACCCUGAUGGCUCGCGAGAGGACCGAAAAGGCGGCAGCCUCCAGCAACAAAGUAACCCCAGCCCAGACAGCCAGAGGUGCAUCAGAGGGCAAGAUGUCCUACGCAAUGGCCGCACGGAGCCAGAAACAGGCCCAGAAAGAGACCCAGAAGGAAGCCAGAGCGAAGAGCGCCUUCAUCGAUCGCCAACCUGAGCAAGAACAACCCAGACUGUGGCUUGCCUCGAUCGCGGCCAAGCCGGACCCCAAGAAGAUCAAGAUGGUGAGCGGCCUGGUCGAGCGAAGACCUCACCAACCCCCACCUCAAGAAGAAGCUGACAAACGCCAAGUUUGUGUACUUCAAGGGAAUCGAGCCCAACUCCCUGACAACCAUACGCAAGGCACUCAGGAAAGGCGGCAUCGACGAUCGCAAAAUGGCCGAUAUUCACUUCGGCGAAAACCGCAUCAUGGAGAUCCUUCUCUGGGACAAGAAGGACGAGGCGGAGAUCGCCAAGAAGAUGGCUGGACGUCCGCUCAAGUGCGUCCAGCUUCACCAGUACGAGCCGGCACAGCCUGGCCCCAGCAGGAAGACCGCGGAGGAGAAGAAGGCCCACCUCCAAAGAUUCCUCAAGCGAUCGGCUAUCCAAGCGGCACGAGCCAGAGACUCGGCGGCCGCCCGAAUGGUCCAGAUGAGGGUACCGAGGGUACACCGGCUGGAGUUCGACAGGCUCGUUGGAGAAGUCCUCAGGGGAAAGCCGAUCUCCUGGGAACUGGUUAA